GCUGCCAACAUAAAAAUUAAACAAAGAAGAAUAUGGCGGCUUUAUAACGCUUGGCCAAGCCGUGUCAAAAAGAAAAUCUGGUUGAAAUAAACAAUAGAUCGUUGUUUAUUAAGUGAGAAAUAAGUGAUAUAGUUGUUUUAAGAAUAUUUUUGUGUGAUUUAGUGGUGUGAUACUUAUCAAAAGACUGCAAAAAACAUGUUUGACGAUAGACGAGGUGGUCGCGGCGGCCGUGGCGGUGGAGGGACAAGAGGCCGCGGCGGCAGUCGUGGUGGUAUGGGUUCCCGAAGCGGGGACAGAUCUCAAGAGAGAGGCACUCGUUUCGGCGGGGGAGGUGGCGGUAGAGGACGUGACUCCAGCCGAGGCGGCGGACGAGGAGGCGGCCGGGGCGGCCGCGACAGCCGCGAUUUACGCGAUGAGUUUCCACGAAAGUUUGGCAAAAAUGACCAACCGGGCGGUAAUCUACGCAAGAUACGCUGGGAUGGCAUACAACUCACUCCAUUCCAGAAAAACUUUUAUGUGCCCCACCCGAACGUGCAAAGGCGACCGAUGUCUGAAGUGGAAGCUUAUCGUAGCCAACAUCAGAUCACAGUGAACGGGCGGGACGUGCCAGCGCCGAGCAUUUAUUUCGAGGAAGGCGGAUUCCCCGAUUAUGCUAUGAAGGAGAUCCUUAAACAAGGUUUCCCAAACCCGACUCCGAUCCAAGCUCAGGGUUGGCCGAUAGCUCUAUCCGGGCGUGAUAUGGUUGGGAUAGCUCAAACUGGCUCGGGGAAGACAUUGGCAUACAUUUUGCCAGCAAUAGUUCAUAUUAUUAACCAGCCGAGGCUUUUGCGAGACGAAGGCCCGAUUGUUCUUGUGUUGGCGCCAACAAGAGAGCUUGCACAGCAAAUUCAGCAGGCUCUGCUUUCAAUGAAUGGGAUAACGGCAGAUGUGGACGGAAAUCCAAACAACAUGGAUAUAGUGGCGACUGAUUUCGGUCAAAGCGUCCAAGUUCGUAAUACGUGCAUCUUUGGCGGAGCGCCCAAGGGGCCGCAAGGGAGGACCCUGGAGCGAGGCGUGGAGAUUGUCAUUGCUACACCUGGGAGACUGAUCGACUUCUUGGAGAAAGAUACAACAAAUCUCCGUCGAUGCACAUAUCUGGUGCUGGAUGAGGCGGACAGGAUGUUGGACAUGGGCUUUGAGCCUCAGAUCAGGAAGAUUAUAGAGCAGAUCAGGCCCGACCGACAAGUCCUUAUGUGGUCAGCCACCUGGCCCAAAGAGGUCCAGAACCUGGCUGAAGAAUUCCUUCAUGACUACAUCCAGAUCAACAUUGGUUCCCUCUCCCUGUCUGCCAACCAUAACAUUCUGCAAAUAGUGGACGUAUGUGAGGAGUGGGAGAAGAAUGACAAGCUCCUCACGCUGCUGACUGAAAUUUCCUCUGAGGAGGAGACCAAGACUAUCAUAUUUGCUGAGACCAAGAGAAAGGUAGAUGAAAUAACAAAAACCAUCAACCGAGCCGGAUGGCGUGCGCUCGCUAUUCAUGGCGACAAAAACCAACAGGAUCGCGAUUACGUGCUGCAACAGUUCCGCAACUCACGCGCCGGAGUACUCGUGGCCACUGAUGUCGCCGCGCGGGGUCUUGACGUGGAGGACGUGAAGUUCGUGAUAAACUACGACUAUCCGAACAACUCGGAGGACUACGUGCACCGCAUCGGGCGUACGGGCCGCUCGCAGAACACCGGCACUGCGUAUACGCUGUUCACGCCCAACAACUCCGCUAAGGCAAAGGACUUGAUGUCAGUCCUGCAAGAAGCCAACCAGGUGGUCAAUCCGAAGUUAUUGGAGUUGGCGCAAUGCGGGAUGGGAUUCAAAGGAAAAUAUGGUCGUGGAAGAUAUCGCGACGAUGAAGGCGGGCGCGGCGGCGGACGAGGACGUGGACGCGGAGGCGGCCGCGGAGGCGGCUCAAGAUGGGACAACUCGUCCAACGGCGGAAGCCAGGGCGGUUUCGGCCAAGGGUCGGGCUACAACCGACAAGAUAGCUACAACACCCGAUCCAACUUCCAGAGCCGAGAGGGCGGCGGAGGCUUUAACAGGGACCGGGAGGGCGGAGGCAGCUUCCGGGGCAGAGGGGGAGGACGCGGAGGGUCCAGGGGAGGUCGUGGCGGCGCGGGAGGGUUCACCCCGGCGCCGAGCUACGGGCAGGGGCAGGGCUACAGCCAGACCCCUGCACAAGGGUUCAACAAUGUUGCCCCCAGUAGCUAUUACAAUAUGUAUUCGCAACCACCCCCGCAACAGUGAGAAAAUUAAAUAAAUUUGUGAAUGAUCAAGCAGAAAGGGACCUGGAUUGACAAUAAUUGAUUUCCAGUAAAUUGAAUUGAAAGUUUGGAAUCGUGUAUGCCUGACUCGGGUAAUUUAUAGGUAUAGCGCAUAACCUAGUAGGCUCCUGCGGUAGUGGAAGGGUGGCAUUAUUACAAGUUGACGAAUCACAGAGGCUACACCCUACUACCCGCCCACUCCUGAAUCGCUCCACUAUCGCAGGAAUCUACUCAGUUAAGCGUUAUUCCUGUAAAAAUUCACUGAUAAAAAUCUGUCUGGAUCAAAAAGUGAUCAAGGAAUCAAUAUCACCUAAAACCAUUGUCAAAUGUUUUCAAUCAUUCUAGGGCCCUUUUUAUUUGAUCAUUUUAAUUAAAGAUUUAUAUUCGCUAAGUAAUUUUAACCACCCGAUUGUGGUGUAAAAUGACCUAAUUAUUUUCUCUAUUAAAUUAAAAUAUGAUUUAUGACUAAUUUUUUCCUUUUAUUUUUAACAAACCAGUUAUUGUCAAGCUGAGUCUACAUUACUUAUCAUGUUUAUUAACUGAAUGUAACACUUUGAAAUAACAAUUUUUAACAUGUAACGUUCAGUGUAGACUAAGCUUUAUGUGAACUUAUUUCUUUAUCUUAUUCUGAAGUAACAAGAUUAUUUAUCAAUAUUUUAAUAUUGUGUAACUGAUUUAAAUUGAUAAUUUCUUUGGACUUACAUAAGUAUUUCAAUAAAAAUACUGAUCCAAAGUUGAGGUUAUACUUCUACAUGUGAUGUAGCAAAUAAAUUUUAGAAUAAAGAAUUUAAAAAAAGCACGAAUUUGUGAACUUCUCAUAUCUUUUAUAGAUAAGCAUCGAAUAAUUAAAUCAGGCUUUUUGAUCUUAUUCUGACCAGUUGUAGUUGGAAAACAUUAGGGUGAGUCGAGACUAUGGUGUUAUAUAACAUUGGUAAUCAGUUUUAUAUAACAUCCCCAAGUACAAAGUUAUAUUUACUUGAUAAUGGCGUAUAGUGCUGACUCAUCUUAGAGAAAUAUUGUGUAGUGAUGGUAUAUUUAACAUUCCCAUUGUGUUUGGACGCUCAGUUUUUGAAAUGUGCAAUCCAUCAAAUAAAAGCAUUCAAAUUA